AUGGUAACACGUCUCGAAAAUUUUCCUACAGAAUUAUUUUUUUCUAUUUUUGAUUAUUUAUGGGCACAUGAAUUAUUUUAUUCAUUUUCAAAUUUAAAUGCACGUAUUGAUAUUAUUAUAUUGCAUACUCAAUUACAUAUAUCAUCAGAAAAUCAAGAUAUAAUUUAUUCUCCACAUCGUGUUCUAUCAUUAAAUCUUACAUCAUCACCAAUAUGUCUUGAAGAAUUUAUUAAUCUUCGUUCAUUAACAUUAACCAAAUGUAAUCUUGAUAAUCUUAUUCAACUUCCUCCACAUCUUUCACGUUUAUGUAUUCAAAAUAUUGAUUUACCUAUUUCAAAUACAAAAAUUAUUUUUGAAAAUUCAACAUUAAUUAAUGUUCAAUUAAAUUUACAUCAUAAAUUAACUUUUUAUCCAUCAAUAUUAAAUACUGAUAAAAAUUUUAGUAAUAUUGAAUAUUUAACAAUAAAUUAUAUAUCAUUAAAUGAUGUUAUUGAAUUAUUACAAUAUCUAACAAAAUUAAAAUAUCUUCAUAUAUCACUUUUUGGUAUAAAUAAACAAAAAAUAACAAAUUUUUCUUCAAUACCAACAGUUACUCGUGUUAUUUGUCUUUCAAUGGGUAUAUCAUUUGAUAUAUUAUGUACACAAUUUUUAUCUAUUUAUUUUCCUAAUAUUCGAACUUUAUCUAUUUUUACUUCAUAUGUUGAUCAAAAUUUAUUUAUUAAUUCUCUUGAACAAUUAUUAAUGAAUAAUUUACGUUAUGUUAAAAAGUUAAAUGUUAGUGCGCAAUUUAUCAUUAAUCGAACAUUAACAACUAAUAAUGAUAAUAUUGAAGCUAUUUCUACACGUUUUCGUACUGCUUUUUGGAUUAAACGAAAUUGUCGUGCAACAUUUAAAUGUUGUAAUGAUGAUCCACAUAUAAUUCGUCUUUAUCUUCAAACAAAUAAAAAGACACGUACACGACCAUCAAGAUUUUUAGUUUAA